UAAGGAUUGAAGGCCCCCAGACUGCAGAUCGACCGCUUUCAGGGACACUCGUUACAGUUACAGAAGUAAAUUACCACCAUGCUUCCCUUGCGGGUCUCCACCACCACCAAACUUCCUUCCUUUCCACUGGCUCAGCCCCUCUUGCUCUCUCUCGCUGUGUCUCUCACUCACUUUCGCUCGCCUCCCGUCCGCUCCGAGGCGCCCGCUGGCUGCAACUGCUCUUUUUCUCGUUCUCUUAUUCCACCUUUCUUGUCCCGCCCACCCAUUGUUCCAACAGUCAAUCAUCGAAUUCCCCAUCCCACAACCCAAACUAAGCGCGGCAAAUUCAGUACCUCCACUCUCCGAUCUCUCUUCUUCUUAUUCUUCCCUCCUCCUCUUUCAUCUUUCGCAUUUACAUUUCUUUCUCUCCCCCUGUUCGUUCCGUCUUGCCUAAUCUGAUUUCCUCCCCCUCCAAUUCUCACUUUGAUCUAUUUCGCUCCUGCUUCCUCCUUCACUACGUACUUGCCUACACAUUCCAUCCACGGUCUCCCUCAUUCUUCCUCACAUACCCUAUUCCCUUUUGGUUCAUCUGGUUC